GUCACUCAACUAAUUAAAAAUUCAUGGGUGUGUAGAGGGUUUGGUUUAAAAUGCUCUCAAGAUUUGUGGCGAACUUUUGCUACAGGAGAUCCAUAAAACUAAUGUCUAGCGGUCCAGCAAGCCCAGUUAAAGACUUAUACAGUCAAAGAACACCUUAUGAGAGUCAAAUUUUGUCUGAGGAGAGCCUAGUGUCUAAGGAUGACCCCCUGGCUGUAUUUCACUCUUGGUUCCUAGCUGCUUCCCAAUGUACAGAAAUAAAGGAAGCCAAUGCAGUCUGUCUGGCCACCUGUUCUCUCUCAGGUCAACCAUCUUGUAGGAUGCUACUGAUGAAGCACUAUAGUGGCGAAGGCUUCAAAUUCUUUACCAACUAUCAGAGUCGUAAAGGUCAGGACUUGAGUGAGAACCCUAAUGCAAGCCUUCUCUUUUAUUGGGCUCCUCUUCACAGGCAGGUGAGGAUAGAGGGAGUCGUUUCGAAACUAGCUGAAGACGAAUCAGCUGUAUAUUUCAACUCUAGACCCAUCUCAAGUCAAAUCAGUGCCGUAGUUAGUCAGCAGAGCUCAGAAGUUAACUCUAGGGCUGAAUUGGAAGAAGAACAUCAAAAAAUUACAGAGAAAUGCGAGAAGGGAAUCCCUCUGUCUAAGCCUGAGGAUUGGGGAGGGUUUGUCCUAGUGCCAAAUUAUUAUGAGUUUUGGCAGGGACACAGUAACAGACUUCAUGACAGGAUCUGCUUCAAGAGAAGAGGAGAGAUUUGGAAGCUUGCAAGACUAGCUCCGUAGAAUUGAACUAAUGCAUGCAUUCAUUUCAAUCUCAUUUUAGUGUAAAGAAUUGAGCAUGAGCUAAGUUAAUUUGGGUGGAGCUCAUUGGUUUUUGCUAAUCAUAUUUUCAGCAUUA